AUGCCAGAGAUGCAACAAGGUGUAACUCCUAGUAAAGGUGUUGUUAUAAUUGUUCUUUCCAUUAUGUUUCUCAUAACGUUUAUCUUACUUGUUUAUGUCAAAUUCUGUCGUGUUACUCCUCUUCAUCUUAUAACCCCAAACCCUCUUAACCAAGGAACAACUCCAUCAAGGUCUAUAGUUUUGGGCGUUGAAAAGAAAGUGAUUGAAACACUUCCUUUCUUUAAAUUUUCUUCCUUAAAGGGAUCCAAACAAGGACUAGAAUGCACUGUUUGUUUGUCGAAAUUCGAAGACGAAGAGACACUUAGAUUGUUGCCCAAAUGCAAGCAUGCUUUUCAUAUGAAUUGUAUUGAUAAGUGGCUUGAGAGUCACUCUACCUGUCCUCUUUGUAGGUACAUGGUUGAAGAAAAUGAUAUAAGAAACUUCACUUUUUCAUUCAGUUCAAGAUUCUUAAGAGUCCCUUCAAAUCUAAGUGAAGAUCCAAAUCUUGAGAUUUUUAUUCAAAGAGAACCUUCUCAAAGAAAGAGUAAAAUAGAUGAACAAGAACAAGAACAAGAAAUAGUUCUUCUUGAUCUUGAAGAAGGUGGUAGCAGCAAUGUUACAAAAUGGAAACAACAACAAAAACAACAUUUGCAUAUGAUAAAUCAUAGAAUAUUGAUCUCUGAUGCUGUUGUUACAAGGAGUAGAUGGAGUGAUCUUAACUCUUCUGAUUUGUUAUCAUUGAAAAGUGAGAUGCUUCAUGAUGUGUCAAGUGCAAGAUUUUCUCCUGAUGAGGAUGAAAAUUCUUUUACAGCAUUGAAUCCUGGCGAGAAGAGGUGUAUGUCUGAGAUUGCAAAUGUUCCAAGGUUUGUGGAAGUUGGCAGCAGAAGAAGGAAUGGAAAUGAUGAGACAAUGUGGAGGAUUUGGUUGCCUAUUGCAAGGAGAACAGUUCAAUGGUUUGUAAGACAAGAAACAAACUCGGUUCAGUUAUUGCAACAUAAACAUUUAGCUUCAAAUGUUUGA